AUGACUUAUUGCUAUGAGGGCGACGCUUACAUCACGGAGGUAAAGAGGCGGCUAGUCGAGUAUGGCCCAGACCCUUCGGAAGAGGUGAUCGGCCGUAUCAUGCAGGAGUUGGAUGUGAGUUCAGAUUGUGGAGACUGGGGCUCGAGACAACCGGUCUCUCUCCCCAGCAGCAGACAGAGUCACAGGGAGAGGAAAGCAGCAACCUCCCUCCUCAGCAGCAGUGCACUGUGCAGAGGGAAGAGACAACCAGUCUCCUUCCCCAGCAGCCAAAAGAGGUACCCGAAGUAGGGGUCCUCAUAGACUGGUCCUGUGAGGAACCCCAACAGGCAGGUGGAGAUGGGACCGAGGUCUCUCCACCGGGCCCACCGGGAUGCUGGGCAGCCGGCCCAGAUCCCCAGCAGCGGCCGGAGUUACCGGGUGUGGAGGCAGGUGGUCCUUAUUCUCAAAUGUUGAGGAACCUCAUAAACUGGACCUGGGAAGACCCACAGAUGGCAGGUGGAGAUGGGACCGAGGUCUCUCCACCGGCCCUACAAGGAUGCUGGGCAGCCGGCCCAGAUCCCCAACUGCAGUUGGAGCCCCAGGGAGAGGAGACAACCGGUCUCUCUCCCCAGCAGCAGUGUGAGCUUCAGGGAGAGGAGGCAACCAGUCUCGCUCCCUAGCGGCAGUAUGUCUUAUAGGGAGAGGAGACAGUCGGCCUCCCUCCCCAGCGGCUGAAUGUGUUAGUGGGAGAAGAGACAACCGGUCUCCCUCCCGAACAGCAACCAGAGGUAACUGAGGUAGGGGACCUCAUAGACUUUGGAGGACCCCCAAAAGGCAGGUGGAGAUGGGACAGAGGUCUCUCUACCGGCCCUACAGGGAUGCUGGGCAGCCGGCCCAGAUCCCCAACUGCAGUUGGAGCCCCAGGGAGAGGAGGCAACCGGCCUCUCUCCCUAGUGGCAGUGUGAGAUUUAGGGAGAGGAGGCAACUGGUCUCGCUCCCCAGCAGCAGCAGGAGUACCAGGAGGAGGAGGUAGGCGACCCCUCCCCUCCACAGCUAACCCCUAACCCGGUACUGGGUUUAGUGGAGAAGAUGUUAGCCUCCACUGACCUCCUUUCAGCAGAAGAGCUGGCAUCCGGGCAGAGCGCGGUUGGCCUCUGCCCUCCCUUGCCCUCUUGGUCAGAGCCUGAAUACCCACCGGCCAACCCAGCAGAAGCGCUGGCAUCAGGGCAGAGCGCGGUUGGCCUCUGCCCUCCCUUGCCCUCUUGGUCAGAGCCUGAAUACCCACCGGCCAACCCAGCAGAAGCGCUGGCAUCAGGGCAGAGCGCCGCUGGUCUCUGUCCACUAGUUCCCCUCAGCAACCUGGGACAUACAGGUCAGAGUUGGACACCAGGAAUCACCAGGGGCAGUAAUGGUGUAUUGUGGGUGGGCUACUCUGUUAACUGUUUAUUGUGGGUGGGCUAUUCGACUAACUCAGGUACUGACCGACAGAAGGUCAGGUACCUGGUUAGUCUCCCCCCCAAUGGAAAGAUGUGUGACGAAGUGCCCUUCGCCACUUGUGUCUGGAGAGGACUAAUUACCAGCCUCUUGCCAUAUGACUAUGGGCCCUGGAAGAUUUUGCUCUUUAAAGGCGUUAUUUGGGCACAGUGGAAUUUAUUAGACUGGUUCUGGCCCUUUAAAUGCUCUGACAAAGGAUCUGCAGUUUUGCUAUGCACUUCGGAUGCAGUGUGUGAAGAAAACCCCUGUUUUAUGGACUUAGUUUGACUGUUUUAUCCCCCCCCCCCUCUUAGAACACCAGUUUAAACCCUUAAUAACUGCCAUAUUUUCAAACUCUGUCUGACCCUUAAAACUGUCAUUUUGUUUUCCUCUGAGGAGUUGUUUUGCUGCAUGAGUGCUGUUGCUUUUGUGUGCUCAUUAAACAGACCUGCUUGACCCUUUCUUGAAGCCUUGGCUCAUUCUUGGGGGAUGGGAUAAGUCUGCAGUGCUGAUGGUGUCGGUUGGAGUGCUUGGGGUCCUCGGCCAGCACUAGGAGCAUCGAUUGGCGGAGGUACUCGGUCGGAGUGCCAGCGGGUCCAUCACACAUAAUAUUUCAUUUGAACCACAAGACUUAUUAUAUAUAUUUUAUUCCUUAUUCAUAUAUAUUAAAAUGUACUGAAAAUGCUAAUAUAUACAUAGAUAACCUAAUUAUAAAAAAGUAUUUAUAUAGCAUAUAGUUGCUUAUAUUUGAUGUAAUCUAUAAAUAUAAUAUUUAUUGAGUAAAAUUCUUCUAAAUGAAAGGUCUAUUUUAUUCUGUUGAUUUUUGCAUCAUUAACCCAUGAUUCUUAAGCAUGAUGUAAAUUCAUACAGUGUAAUUAGUGAAAAUAAGAAAGGAAAGGAGGUACAGUUUUUAUAAAUUUGCCGAAAAAUGUGAGUGUUAUAGGGCUAAAAAUGACUUAAAAGAGAAGCCUGUAUCUAGUGUUUCCCAUCUUAUUGGAAGGCUGCUAAUUCCAGGUCUUUAUUAAAUCCUCCAUUAUAGAGUAUGCCUAGCUUAAAAAUCCAAUAUGAUUCUCUUUGUCUGAGGAUUUUUAAUUUAUCUCCGCCUCAUUUUGUUGGUUGGAUGGUUUCUAUUCCUUUCACUGACAAACCUCUGGGAUCUCCGUUAUGUGCUUCCAAAAAGUGUAAUGGGACUCCAUGGUUGGUACAUUUUAUUUUAAUUGCCCUUAUAUGUUCACAUAUUCUUGUUUUCAUUUUCCGGCAUAUUCGGCCUAUGUACUGUUUGCCACAGGGGCAUUCCAUAAGAUAGACCACAUAUGACGUAUUGCAGUUAAUUAAUCCAUUUGUUUCAUAUUGUUUUCUUUCAUUAUUAUGAUUGGAGGAGAAAUGUUUGUUCCUUUGUUUUAUGAAUGAACAAGUAAUACAAUUUCUCCUUCCACACUUGUACAUUCCUUUCAAUGGUAGAUUUCUAAAAGGUUUGUUAGAGUCCUUAUCUUUGUUUUUAUAUGGCAUACUAGGUGCCACUAUAUUCUUAAUUGUUUGAUUCCUUCUGAAAACUAUUCUAGGUUUAGUAUUAUUGGUACACAUGGCUGUGGCGGAACCAACCUCACCACUGUGCACUGGAGGAGCCUGGUUGCUCGCCUGCUCCCUUUAGACUAUGGCCCAGCGUUUAAAAUCUUUUAUUUUACCUGCAGAAAGGUUUAUUCAUACCUUUCUGCCGUGGUAAACUACCUGGGAACUGGAGUGUGCCGUCAAUUGGCCGCCCAGAAGCUGCGUUUGCCGAACACGUGGCAGCGGACAUUUUAUGCUUGGGGGUUAACCGCAGCUUAAUUGACGAACGUUGGUUGGCCUUUGUUCGUUUGCCAAACACGUGGCAGCGGCCAUUUUAACUCCCGGACGGCCAGCGGUGCUCAGUGCCCAAACUAUGGAACUGGAAACGGACACUUAUUUGUGCGAACACCGCUGAGCCGCCAGCCUCCUUACCUCUGCAUUCAGUAAUAUAACCGAAUGCCUGUUCAUUCAGUAGUUUAACCGUAUGAACAGCAUCACCCCAAAUAGCCAUGCCAUGGAGCCUAUUCGUGUAACGAAAGCCUAUGGGAAAGACUUUGGCUCCAUGGCGAUUGAACUGUAUGUAUGUGAUCUGAGCGCCAUUCGGUAAUAAUGUGCGCUCAGAUCUAAGCUAUCUGGGAAUAUGUAGAAUGUAUGUGUUUUAUUCAUUAUUUGCAACAUUGGGUAUUUUUGUGUCUUUUUACUAACAUGUGCUCAAUGGAGUUUUGUCUCUGUCCUUGGAGAUAAUUGGAUUACUUCCCAAUUAUCUCUAGGAUAGAGAGGAGGGAUUGUGAUGUAAUUGUGGGAGUGUUUAAAGGUGUAUGUCUGUAAUUGGUCAAUGUCUAAUAUGUUUCCCAGUCUUCCAUCUGGUCCCCUAGGGGAGUGUCCACCAGGUGGAAGACCUGCAUAAAAGCCGGGCAGGUAGCCCCAGUAAAUCAGUUCUGCUUGACCCUCAAACGAAGUAUCGCCUCGUUCUUGGGAGGAAUUGGAUUGUAUGCUGAUUGCCAGGAGUGUAAACUGAUUGUAUGCUUUUCCUGUUCGGCUGUUUCCAGUGUUCAUGUGUUUACUGUUCGGGAGUUGGAGGAUUCGUGUAGUUUGCAGUUCGGGAGAUUGGUGCUUGCAGUAGCUGCCUGUGCAUCUGAAAGGGGAAUAUCACCUAAACGGUUUUUAACCUCUUGUGUGCAAAACAGUCCGUUACAAUAGCCUUAUCCUGUUUGAUAAUGGGCCACUGUUUCCAUAUGAUUAUCUUGAUGUUAGCUGCCGCCGAGUUAUAAGUAGUUAUAAAAAUAGGUAAUGAUUUAUUUUCCUCCUUAUUUUGAAGUUCUUUAUUACUUUCUAUUUUUCAUUUUUUGUUUUGUAAGAGAGUUUCCCUAUUCAUAUUUCGGACUUCGUUACAUAUUUGUUGAAGAUGACAGUAGUUGUAAUGUUUUUGUACAAAUUUCCUGGUCAAGUUAUUCAAUUCAUCCUCUAAUUCUUUAGGUCUGCUACAGUUUCUUUUAAUUCGCAUAUAUUGGCUUUUGGGAAUAUUCUGGAUCCAGCCUUGGUGAUGUGCACUCCUAGCAUCCAGAAAGCCAUUACAAUCAACUGUUUUUCGGUGAUUGCCGGUUUGAAGGGUAUCAUUUUCAUCCACAAAGAUAUUGAGAUCUAAGAGUAAAAUUUGUGUUACUUCAGUGAAUUUUAGGUUCAUGGUGUUUGAGUUUGUAUAGUUUACAAAUCUAAGUAGGUCUUCUUUAUUUCCUCGCCAUAUUAUUAUGAUGCUUCUUUAUUUCCUCGCCAUAUUAUUAUGGUAUAUUUGAUGCUGCUCAGCUGCAGCGGCAUCAAACAAAGGGAGAUCCCCAUUUACCACAGACAGUCGGAGGAAAUAAAUUUCAGCUCUACACCAGACUGGAUCCCCUGCAUAAGGCAAUAUGAUUUACAUCCACACCGAAAGGAUGGAAACGAAUUUUACCACAUUACUUCAGCACCAGAAGAUUGGUGUCAGGUUGGACUUAUAGUUUACUUUACUUUUUGUUUUUAUUUUUCUACAUUUUUAUUGCUAGUUUUUAUCCCCUUUUUUAUUUUAUUUUUUCAUUUUUCUAUAUACAAUUUUCCUGUUUUUUAUUGCUGUACCUAAAUAGAAGUGUGCACACUAAAUAUUGUAUUACCAGGUACCAUCUUAACCGAUAUUGCAUUCCAGUAUAGGAAUCAGUAAUUUCAGAUUUUUUUAUUACUUUUAUGUUCAAAUAACACAAAUAAAUGUGUUUACUUUUAUUAUAUGUGGAAAUAUUGUAUGGUUUUGCGCUUCUUUUACACUACUACUGGUUUAUAUUUUAUAGAAAAAUUAUAGGGAUACUUUCUCCAGAAUGAGCUGCUUCUCCUCACAUAUUCCAACAGACACACCUCAGAUUAAAGGCACACUAUAGUCACCCAGACCACUUCAGCUCAAUUAAGUGGUCUGGGUGCCAGGUCCCUCAGGUUUUAACCCUUCACAUGUAAACAUAACAGUUUCAGAGAAACUACUAUGUUUACAUUUGGGGUUAAGCCAGCCUCUAGUGGCUGUCUUCCGGACAGCCAGUAGAGGCGCAUCUGCGACGCUGGAGCGUCCAUAGAAAAGAAAUGCUUUCCUAUAGACACUUUGAAUGCGUGUGCGGCACUUGCUGCGCAUGCACAUUCGGCUCCAGUGAUGUCGGACGGGGGAGCUGACGUUGAACAGGGAGGAGAGGUCACCAGCGACGAGGGAGCCCGGCGCUGGAUUAAGGUAAGCUAUAGAAGGGGUUUUAACCCCUUCAGCUCCACGGGAGGGGGACCCUGAGGGUGGGGGCACCCUCAGGGCACUAUAGUGUCAGGAAAAUCGCUCUGUUUUCCUGAGACUAUAGUGAUCCUUUAAGUGAAUCUUUCCCUCAAUCAUAAAAAUAAACACCCUUUACUAAGUAAAUUAUCCCAUCACUGGGAGUAUAUUUAUUUGCGCAGUUUACACAAUUACUUGAGAAGCUUGCAUUCUCUAGUUAUUCAUUUUAUAUAUUUUCCCAAUCCGACUAAAUGUUUUCUCAUGCAUACAGACGCUUUUAUGUUUGGAUUGGAAGCAGUACUGAGCCAAGUCGGUCCCGAUGGCAGAGAACAUCCCGUGGCUUACAUCAGUCGCAAGUUGUUAAACCGAGAAGUAAGCUACAUCGCCAUUGAGAAGGAAUGCCUGGCCGUGAAAAAGCUACAGCCAUAUUUCUACAGACAACCGUCUUAACCAUGGGUACACAGGGGCCCCAUAGGCUUGCCAACUUUUUAGUAUUUUAUUCUGGGAGGGGAAGGAGCCUAACCUCGAGCCAGAGCAGACGCUAUUUCGCUCAGCAAAGCUGAUUAAAAGCCAGUUUUUGAGAUCUAAACCCCUCAACCACUCUUCCCCCAGCUAACACUCCACGGAGUAAGCACCACAGAAGCAACUUAUGCCGUCCAUGCCCUCUGCCAAAGCAAAACGGCAAAGACGCAGGUCUUGAGCCUACAGACCUCCCUAAGCCUAAACCUGUUGGAACUGCUAGGCGGAUUUGAGCCUAAUGGAGAGUCGGAGGGGGAGGAUUUCCCUGACGAUCACCUGCAUACCUUGAGAUUGAACAUGGGCCGACGGUCACAGAAGCCACCCUUGGAACCAUCUUCAGGGUCCAGAGACAUAGGGACAGUGCUACAGCAGCAGCUGCCCCCUAAAAUGGCAGAAUACGUCAAGUUACCUGCAGACCCCAUGUAG